AUGUCUGUUGCAAAUGCAGGCUUGGCCGCAGCUGCAACCGCCCCCGAGGCGACAGAUGCAAGGAAAGAUAGUGAACAGCUGGGUCUCGACGUCGUCGACCAGGACCGUCCCGUGGCGCCCGACCAAUUCGACCCAAAUUACGAGACCACAAGAUGGGAACGCUGGGCGUAUUACUGCUAUUACAUUGGAAACAACGGGUUGACCCUGUUCAACUUCGCGCCUACCUCUUUCCAGGAUCUCUUAUAUGAGGCUGCCGGCGAUAGUGGCCGGCUUCAAUUCCUGGGGGCCUCCCGAACCAUUAACAGUAUCGUCUUGCUGGCCAACGGAAUAUCGUUCGCCAUCCAAGUUGUGCUGUUCCUUCUGCUUGGUAGCAUGGCAGAUUAUGGCCGAUGGCGGCCUUGGAUCCUGGUGUUUUGGUCUGUCGUGGCCUUCGCCCUGGGCUUCGGGUGGCUAGGAGUUCACACGGAAGACAAAUGGCCCGUUGCGACCGGGCUGUACAUGGUCGGCUUGAUCGCCUAUCAAAUGUGUAUCACCUUCUGGACAGCGGCAUUCCCUGGAUUGGCGAGAAACAUGCCAGACAUGCGACGGAAGGCAGAACAAUAUGAGAAUGGAGAAACGACUCGAGAAGACUACGACUUUGCCGACAUGAUGGCCCGCAACCGUAUCUACAACGUUGCUUUCAUCAUGCAAAGUGCGGGAGAAAUCAUUAUUCUCGCCGUGCUUGUAGGCAUUCUUUUUGCUUUGGAUGUCAAUGCAAGUGCCGCCAACAAUCUCUGGGGCCUGUCCGUCCUGAUCGCCUACGCCACCGGCGUCUGGGUUCUGCUGUCUAUCCCCUGGUUCAUCCUGGAGAAACGAAGACCGGGACAAAAGUUGCCAGCUGGCAUGAACAUCAUCAGCGUUGGUUUCUGGAACCUUUACCGUGCAUUUACGCAGAUCUGGGAGUUGAAGCAGAGUUUGCUAUAUCUCAUUGGGUAUUUCUUACUCGGCGACUCUUUGAACACCACUGUGACCGUGAUUGGAACCCUUCAAAACUCGGUAGUCUCUUACAAUACGUUGACAUUGACAUAUUUGCUCAUUGUGGGUAUCGCAGCUCAAUUAAUUGGCAUCUUUGGUUUUUGGACGAUCCAGAAACGAUAUGGUCUCAGCACCAAGAACAUGUUCGAUGCGGUUAUGAUCGGCAUCGUUCUGCUCGACGGUUGGGGGAUGGUUGGCAUAUGGCAAUCUAACUUCGGUUUCCAUCACGCCUGGGAGUUUUGGCUCUACCAGGUCUUUUAUGGGUUGUUCGUCUGCCAGUGGUAUGCCUAUAGCCAGACGAUGAUCAGCGAGGUAACGCCACGUGGCAAGGAGUUCCUCUUCUUCAGUCUAUACUCGGUUAUGGGCAAGACAUCUGCGUUUGUUGGACCUCUGAUCUCCAGCGCAAUCAUCGACGCGGAUCCGAAAGGGAACAACAGUCUGCCUUUCUACUUUCUCUUUGGUCUCAGCCUCUUGAGCUUUGGUCUGCUGUUCUUCUUCGUGGACUUGAAGAAGAGUCGACGGGAACAAGAACGGUUCUUGGCCAAAGAACAAGCUGCAAAAGAGCGUCGAGCGAGCGUUAUCAGUCAAGGUCGGCCCAUUGAUGAUGCUAGUACAAGUGAGAGUCCAGAGAGGCCGAAAGUCGAUAAGGUCAAGGCGGGAGAGUAG